CCAUCCCCCACCAGAGAACUGGGCGAGUCCGGUGAAAGCCGAACAGCCGUGCAAGUCGAAUCUCUGUAAAAUGAUCAAACUGCGCUGCAUGAAGAACGAUUAAUUUUAUGCCGAUCUCUGAAUAUAUUUGAAAACUUCCUUCAAAGAUAGUUGUAUAAGGUUGCUUAUACCAUCUCAAGUCACAGGCAGCAGAGAACUGGAACGAAAGGCGGCCAAAUGAGGUGUUGGCUUUAGGGAUGAUCAGUGAGAUACACCUGCUGGAGCGCAUGCUACGGAUGGGUGUUGCCAUCGUGACCAGUGAACUGAGGAACAGAGGAAGAGGACGCAGAUUGAGCAGCCAGCAAGCCAGCCAGCAGACAGACAUCGUAAGGAGAGCAGAAGGGGACCUACAGUCCUGCGUGGUGGAGAUAAGGUUCCAAGACUAAUAGCAGAGCUGACUGUGAGAGGCUCCACAUUUCAUUUCACCUUCCUUUAACCAGAAAAGGCCCUUGAGGUUUGAAACCCCGUUCUAGUGGGCCGUCAUGGGGAAACAGAACAGCAAACUGCGGCCUGAAGUGCUGAACGACCUGCGCGAAAACACAGAGUUUUCCGACCAUGAGCUCCAGGAGUGGUACCGAGGCUUCCUCAAAGACUGCCCAACGGGCCACCUGACAGUCGAAGAGUUCAAGAAGAUCUACGCCAACUUCUUCCCGUAUGGCGACGCUUCCAAGUUUGCUGAGCACGUCUUCCGGACAUUCGACACCAACGGCGAUGCCACCAUCGACUUCCGGGAAUUCAUCAUCGCGCUGAGUGUCACAUCGCGCGGCGGCCUGGAGCAGAAGCUGCGCUGGGCCUUCAGCAUGUAUGACCUGGAUGGGAAUGGCUACAUCAGCCGGGCUGAAAUGCUGGAGAUCGUACAGGCGAUUUACAAGAUGGUGUCUUCAGUGAUGAAGAUGCCAGAAGAUGAGUCGACACCGGAGAAACGGACAGAUAAGAUCUUCAGACAGAUGGAUGUAGACAAUGAUGGCAAACUCUCUCUGGAGGAGUUCAUCAAAGGUGCCAAGAGUGACCCUUCCAUCGUCCGGCUCCUCCAAUCUGACCAGGGAACCUCUCGCUAGUUAUGAAGACAAAUGGACAACCACACACAGUCCUGAACACAGGAAAGCGGACAGAUGGGCCCUGUAUCAUCCCCCAUCCAACACACACAACCGCACAGUUCACACAAGAAAGAGGUUCAGUUGUCAUUACAACACUAAUACCUUAUUCCAUGUAUUAUUGUUUACAUUAGCAGUAGUUCCCUAGCCUGAUCCCAGAUCUGUUUGUGCUUUCUUGUCAACUCCAUGCAAACAGAUCUGAGACCAAACUAGCAGUUUCCCAUAUCCCAAUGCAGCGGUCUGAAAAAUGCUUCCUACAGCGAAUAAUGUUUUCCGUUAUGAAACAUCCCAUUCUGCAUCCACAGUACCACUGAUAGACUUACAUUUCCUUGCAAAUGUUUAAAUGCUUAUGGUUUUAUUUUUACUUGCCUUACUUCAGUCAAAGUGAACUGCUUAAUAAUCUUAAUAUUUGUACUGAAUGUAUUACACUUGUAUGUAUUAUGGACGUGUUACGGUAAGAAGAAAUCAACC